AUGCCACUUUCUCCAAUAUCUCGCAUUGAACAAAAUUCUAAAAAUCGACGUUGUGAAAUGUUACGAGAAACUGUAUACAAUAUUCUUCAAGAUGCAUAUAUUACUUAUAAUAAUGCCAUAAUAUCCAUGCAACCCGAAAUUUCAAAAUCUAAUUUGGUUAUCAUGUUUAAUAUGUAUAAUAUUAUUCCUUGUCCUGAAUCUGAAGAUGAUUGGAAUAAUGUAGAUAGUGAAAAAGAUAAAUUAUCUUUGGAAAAUUUGAAACAAUGUUUUCAAAGAAUGCAUGCAAAACGAAGAGAAUGUUUAUGUCAUUUCUUAGCAUUAGAUGUAAUGACACCAGGAAGAGAUUCUCAUAGAAGAGAUUACGAACAUCAUUGGGCAGCUGUUAAUUGUAAUUUAGAUGAAUUAGGUGCAAAUACUGGUCAUUACUUGGAAAAAAUUAGUGUUGUUUCAGCUAGUGAAUUGUAUACAAUCCCAACACCAAAACAAGACUUUUUGUCUCAACCAACGCCAACUAUAAUUAUGAACAAAAAUCUUCGAGUUUAUCUUCAUCGUUUAGCUUCUAUUGAACAACAUGUUCGUGGUGUUCAAGCGAAGUUAUACAUUUGUAAUGAGGAUGCUCGAAAAUAUUUUGAAAAUGAAGACCUUUUAUUAAAUCAAUAUGAAUCUAUAAGUAAAGAUUUUACUUAUAUGUUUCAAGAAUGGGAAGAUGGAAAAAAAGCAUUAAAUGAUAUAAUGGAACCAAUACUUGCAGUUGAUUCUUCAGACUUAAGUUCUAGUCGUUUAUCUAUGGAUGAAGAUACUGAAACUCUAAAAGAUGAAAAUGAUUUAGAUGAAAAUAUUUCUGAAAAAAUAAUAAAUAUUGAUUGGUCAAAGAUGGAUGAACCUUCCGAUGUUCCAGAACAAGUUUUUAUAGCAGAAGCAGAAGAUGUUGAACCUAUAACAACAAAAAAACUAUCAAGAAAAGAAAGAAUCGAGAUUCAAAAAAUCAAAAGAGAAGAAGAGGCUAAAGCAAAGGAAUCGAGGCUAGAUUCAGAACGGAUGGUCCAUGAAUUAAAGGAUGUAUUGUUAGUUCGGCGAAGGCCAAUAGAUUUUGAGAAUGAGGUGGUUGUUCAAUCUGCUCAUCAAGAUCAUGAACGAAUACCACUUCAAGGAACCCUAACCAGUACCGAACCAGCAGAUCCUUGCUCAGAACGUUGUAAAUAUACUCUUAUCUCGAAUGCAUUUAAGCGUUAA